CGGAUAGCUCUCCAGUUAUAUAUCCAACAUUUGUCGUACAUCAUCACUCUCUUGCUUCACGUUAAUUUUCUUCCCUCUCAAUCCUCGCCCUCUCACUAAACUACGACACCCUCGCACAUCCCCUCAGAACCCCUCGUCAUGCCUCUCGUCGCGCAGAACCCCAAAGACCGCGUCAUCCUUGGUCUGAUGACGUUUGGCCCCGAUGAAGCUGCCGGCGCCCGCAUCACAGACUUCAACGAAUUCACAAAACACCUAGACUAUUUCCAGCAGCAGGGCUACAAUGAAAUUGACACGGCGCGCAUGUAUGUCGGCGGCAAGCAAGAAGCCUGGACCCGGGACGCCAAAUGGAAGGACAGGGGCUUCACGCUCGCGACCAAAGUGUACCCAUACGAGCCCGGCGUGCACAAGGCAGACAGACUGAAGGAGCAUUUCGAGAAAUCAUACAGCGAGCUUGGAAGCGAGCCUGUAGAUAUCUUCUACUUGCACGCCCCGGACAAGUCUGUCCCGUUCGCGGAGACACUCGAGGCUGUCAACGAGCUUCACAAGCAGGGCAAGUUCGUACAGCUUGGUUUGAGUAACUUUGCUGCAUGGGAGGUUGCGGAAGUAUGGAACAUUGCCAACGAGCGUGGAUGGGUAAAGCCGACAAUCUACCAGGCUAUGUACAAUGCUAUCACACGCGCCAUUGAACCCGAGCUCAUUCCCGCACUCCGAAAGUACAAGAUUGACCUCGUCAUCUACAACCCUCUAGCCGGUGGUAUUUUCUCCGGUAAGAUCAAGUCAAAAGCCAUCGUACCGGAAGAGGGCCGCUUCUCCGCGACUGCAUCUAAAACCGGUCAAAUGUACCGUGAGCGAUACUUCAAAGAUGCAACAUUUGAGGCACUUCGCAUUAUCGAGCCCGUUGCCGAGAAGCAUGGUCUCACACUGCUUGAGAUUGCGCUGCGAUGGGCUAUUCACCACUCUGAACUGAAGACACGCGUCAAGGGUGGUAACGAUGGAGUCAUCAUUGGAGUUUCGAGCUUUGCGCAGCUCGAGAGCAAUUUGAAGGAUUUGGAGAAGGGACCUCUGCCAGACGAUGUGGUCAAGGCAUUGGACGAUGCCUGGUUGGUCACGAAGGCGACAGCUCCACCCUACUUCCGAUAGUUUUGAAUAUUGUUAAAUGAUCGCCAAAUAAAGGCACAUAAGCAUAUUUGAAAUUGGCUACGCAAGAAAGUGAGAAAAUCAAUACCACCAUUAUCAGCCACUGAUGUACCCCGCCUUCGUUGCCCAGUAAGCCACAGACACAACAGCUCGCAGGUAGACCACGCCGACCUGGUUUUUCCCCAGCUGAGCUGCCUG